GAACCUCAUUGUUUUGCAAGCAGCAAAUCCGACCAAGAGUAACACAUCACAUGCGCACAUACCAAACUCAUCGAGCCCGUCGCAUGUCUCCGCACCAGCCGUAACCCUCACACUCCAGAGGGAUCAAAGAAUUCAUCUUUAGCGACAAGAAACAUUCGGACUCAAGCCCAACAAACAUAGACUACCAUAUCGGCUUUCGGGUCACUCUCUCAGUUUUUUUCUUCAUAGCCCCCUGGCAGCACCCACAAUGCUGAAACUAUCCUACACUGAAAGCCCAUCCUCAUUCGCCGAGCUCAUGUCCCUACGCCGGUUAAACUCACCACCAGCCGAUCGCAGCAGCAGCAGCGCAGAACGUAUCGAGCUAUUCCAAUCCCUCGCACCUCCUUACCCACCAGGGGAGGCCGACCGAGCCUUUGGCGGCCACGUAUACGCGCAAUCCGCCUACGCCGCCUCCCAGACCGUCGAGAAGGGCUUCCUCAUUCACGACAUAACCGGCACAUUCAUUCUGCCGGGUCGCCUCGACAUCCCCUACGAAUACAGCGUGCGCCAUCUCCGCGACGGCCGCAGCUACAGCACACGAGCGAUCGACGCGCGCCAAGCAGGCCAAAUCUGCUUCUCCGCAGUGUGCAGCUUCAAGCGCCCCGAAGAAGCGGCCGCCACGGCGUCUGCAUUCGCGCAUCAGCCGGCGCCCGUGCAGGAGCGAUACGCGGCGCUGCUGGCGGGCAAGCACCCGCAGGAUUUUGAGGUCAGUCCGGGUGUCGACGCGGACUUUUACAUUGACUACUGGCGCGAGCAGUGGAAGAAGCAUGGGAUCGCAGAGCGGGAGUUCCCCGGGCUGGAGGCGAGGAAGGUGGAUAUGCAGGGCUACAAUCAGACGGAGGAGGUGCGGCGGUGUCCGGACAGGUACCGGCAGUUGACGUACUAUAAGCUCAAAGGGUCGCCGGGGGAUUCUUGUCCGGGGAUGGGAGUGAAGGAGGUGAGGCGCAGGGAGCGGGAGGGGGAGUUUGAUAACCUGUAUGCGUGUGCGCAUAUGUAUGCGGCGGAUAAGAAUUCGCUGUUGUUGAUCCCGCGGGCGCUGGGGAUCAAGGCUUGGAAUGCGCUGGCGAGUUUGACGCUUACGAUUGUGUUUCAUGAUCUGGGGAAGGGAUUGCGGAUGGUUGAUUGGGACGCAGACUCGACAGAGGGGGUGGAAGGGGAGGACCGGUUACCGAAGAAGUGGUUUGUUCAGGAAGGCUGGACGCCUCGAUCGGGCGACAAUCGUGCGGUUCAUGAGAGUUGGUUGUGGUCGCCCGAUGGGCGGUUAGUGGCCACGAGCUAUCAGGAUAGUAUGUUGAAGGUGUCCCGGGUGGACAGGGAGAAGUUGUAGAGGUGAGGGACGCUGUGUUGAUUGUGACUGUAAGGAUUAGAUGGUUCUGUAAGACAUGCAAGGCCUGUAGACUAGUAGACAUGUGCGCUUGUCGGGACGCGUUUUGUCGUUCGUACAGUACAUGUAAAGGCAUUCACUGUUUGUGAGCAAGACUGCG